CCCUCCUCUCCCUCCACCAUCACGACAGUCAUGGCCGCGAUUGCAGAGGUACAUGACGAGCCGCAACUCGAUAGCUUCAUUCCGCUGUCGCAGUACGAGGCGCAGACGCCCGGCACAUUCUUUGACGGCAAACCGGUGCUCCAUUUCUACGCCUGCAAAACGUACAUCACCCUGCCCCUCGUCGCGCAACAGAAACACCGCGCCCUCGCGAACCUGACGCAUCCGGUCGAAUCUGCGGCGCCUCAGGAAGGCAACACGAGAAUUGACGACAUUGACGUGUGGGUGACGGACAAAUGCCUGACUCUGUACUCCAAGACAACCAAUGGCGGCUGUCACAUUCCAUAUCCUGCCAUCACGAUCACCGCCGUGGAUGGCGCGGCUGUUCUUCUCGAGCUGAACCUCUCCGAUUCGAACACCACUGCAGACGACGACAUUGAGUAUUUUCAACUCAAAAUCUUCCCCACCAAUGUCGAGCACGGCACCGACUUGGAGCAGAAGACGGCGAGCAUGGCGAAUGGCACGAAUGGCACCACACCGAGUAAUGAGAUGCUCACUGCAGGGUUAUUCAAAGCUAUUGCGGACUGUCAGGAACUCAACCCUGACCCGCCGGGACCAGGUGAAGAAGAUGGCGAUGCGGGCGAGGCUGCGUUCGACGAAACUGCUCCGGGCGCGACAGGGUGGAUUACGAGCGAGAAUAUGGACCAGUUCGUGGACGCUGAUGGAAACUUCAGAAUGCCAGAGGGAGUGACUUUUGUUGGCGGCGAAGAGGAGGAGGCGCAGGAUGAGGAGGACGACAAGGAUGGCACGAUACAGAAUGGCGUCCAAGAGCCGCUCGGUCAAGGUGCUGGUAGGACACGAACCGCGACCGAGGCAGGCGUGGAGAGGGAGGACGAGAGCAAGUGGAGGGCUACUUGAGGACCACAGGCCGGAUAGAAGAGCAGCACCGAGGCGCGCGCGAGUGAUGCCGGCACUGCUGAAGAUUGGCGAAGAUGCAGCUUACCCUGCGGGCCUGCAUGCCAGCGCAAAAGGAUCACAGGAGCUUAGAAGAAGCCGCUGAUCUGUGCAUGAGCACUUGAUUGCCGAUCCAAUUUUGGGCGUCUCAAAUGAGUGCCAGAUCCACAGGACCCUGAUAGUGAUUCAUAAUUACUGUAUUUGGGACCUCCAGACUGGCUGGCCAGCCCCGACGUAGCAUCCUCCUUCGAGUCCGAAACGCUUGUCGGUCAACCUAUCAGACGACCGUCGUCAUAUGGAGAAGAGUGGGAGUAGUAUAUGGCAGCAACGAACGCCUGAUUCUCUGAUUCUCUGAUUAUAAGCUUUGAACACCCCAGGCUAGUUGAAUUGGGUGAUAGGCGUAACUCGAGGAUUCGAUAGAGCACGAGUGUUGCGCAAGAGUUGAGUGGGACCUAGACAU